ACUCAUUCCACGUGUCUCCUUUCUGAACAUACCAAACCCAUAUACGUACAUACAUAUACCCAGUACAUAUUUACCUUAAUACUCCCUGUCUGCUAUACGAUUUUCCAGUUACAUUGCUCAUCAUAUAGGAGACCCAUUCUUUGAUCAAUUGCCCCUGGUCCCCUGAACUGUGCAUCGGUGUAUCAAAAAAUCACAGGCCGAACUACCCCUGAAACUUUAUUUAACUAUCCACACGCUAAUUCUUUUUUUUUUUUUUUUUUUUUUUUUUUUUUGUUUAUUUUAUUCUUUCUUGCUAUUUGAGAACAACGAGAUCAUAACUCAAGCACAGAAAGGAAGAAGAGAAAGAAAAAGAAAGAAACGGAGCAUGAACUAAACUGCGUAUACGUACAGAGUAUACUACUACAGUGAGACAGACGUGCGUGUGCACGUGACGUGUGAUAUCUUUCUUCCCUUUUUUCCCAACACUGUCUGCAUUAGUUUCUGAGAAGUGCAUCCUGUCCAGGGUGUUUGAGGCGGGAAGUGGCUGCGGCGGUGUCUGUCGGGACCCUCUUGUUGCGGAAGAAUGGGGUCUCUUAUAUCGUCAGCCUACCAGUAUAUAUUUCGGAAGCGGGAGACGCAAUGGCUUGAUAUUGACGGUAAGUUUUGUCUUUUUUGGCUGACCCUCUUCCUAUAUGUAAUUUUAUGGAUUUUUAUGGAUCUCCGUUGUUGGGUCUCAUUUUCUGUCUGGAUACGUAAUUCAUUUCUGACCGGCGACGCUUUAUUCGGUUUAUUCGACUGUCCUCCGCAAAUUUUUAAGCUCUUCCAUUUCAAAACUCAAUACCGUCAUUACCUAUGACUUCAACCCCGAUGAGUCGGGUGAGCAAAACCAGCUCAUGCUCCAGGCCUUCGAGUGGUACGUGCCUGAUGACCAGAAACAUUGGCGACGGCUGCUGGCAGCCCUGCCAAGUCUUAAGGCGAUCGGAGUGACCAGUAUCUGGCUCCCACCGGGCUGUAAGGCCAUGAGCCCGUCCGGCAACGGGUAUGACAUCUACGACCUUUACGACUUGGGCGAGUUCGAUCAGAAAGGGUCCAGGGCCACGAAGUGGGGGACUAAGGAGGAGCUUGUUGCUCUUGUGAAGAGGGCGCAUGAGAUGGAGAUUGCGGUCAUUUGGGAUACGGUGCUUAAUCAUAAAGCUGCGGCUGAUCAUACGGAGAGGUGUGUGGCGGUUAGGGUUAAUCCGAAAGACCGCAGAAAAAUCAUCAGUGAGCCCGAGGAAAUUGAAGCUUGGUUGGGUUUUUCAUUUCCUGGUCGGGGGACAAGGUACAGCAAAAUGAAAUAUCAUUGGUACCAUUUUACAGGAGUCGACUAUAAUGCCCGUAAUAAGAAAACAGGGAUAUAUAAAAUCAUGGGGCCCGAUACUAAGGACUGGGCGCGAGAUGUUAGCAAGGAGAAUGGCAACUACGACUAUUUGAUGUUUGCGAAUCUGGACUACUCCCAUCCAGAAGUUCGUGAGGACGUCCUGAAAUGGAUUCAAUGGAUAGGUGACCAACUACCGAUCGCUGGUCUCAGGUUGGAUGCGGUAAAACACUAUUCAGCUGGGUUUCUAAAAGAGUUUAUCGGCCAUGUUCAGCGAACGGUUGGGCCUGGCUGGUUCCUUGUGGCUGAAUAUUGGAAGGUAGAAGUCCGAGAACUUUUGGAAUAUUUAGGACGAAUGGACUACCUGGUCUCGUUAUUUGAUGCGCCAUUGGUCCACCGGUUUUCUCAGAUUUCGAGGACGGCAGGCGCUGAUUUGCGUAGGGUCUUUGAGGGGACUUUGGUUAAAUAUGAGCAGAAACAUGCUGUGACAUUUGUCAUGAACCAUGAUACUCAACCGUCCCAAUCCCUCGAGGAACCCAUAGAAGAUUUCUUCAAGCCGCUCGCAUAUGCCCUAAUCCUCCUUCGCAAAGAGGGCCACCCCUGCCUUUUUUACGGCGACCUGUACGGAAUGUGCGGUGGCUGCCAGGGCAUCCUCAAACCCUCCUGCAAUGACCGACUAGCCGACCUAGCCCUUGCUAGAAAAUUAUAUGCAUACGGUCGACAGCGCGAUUAUUUUGAUAAAAGGAAUUGUAUUGGAUUCGUCCGCCUGGGCGACUCAGCACAUCCAGAUGGUCUCGCUUGCGUCCUCAGCAACGGCCCUGCCGACACGAAGCGCAUGUAUGUAGGAAAAGCGCAUGCGGGCAGCGUCUGGACGGAGGUUUAUGGUUAUUGCCGUUCCAGAGUGAAGAUUGACAGUCGCGGUUAUGGUGUUUUUGGUGUGGUGUCACGUAACGUGAGCGUCUGGGUUCGUGAGGAUGCCAUGGGAAGGGAGAGCUUUGGGAAAUUUGAUUCGGAUAUCUACUCAUAUCUAGUUACUGACUGAUGUGCCAUUACACACUCUCCCCACUAGCCCACAUGUUUGCUUUUUUCUUCCUUUCUUUGUGCCUCAUACUCACCGUCUACUACUUCCCUCCCCUUACUGAUUUCCUUUCUCAUUGUUUUUAUAUAUAUCUCAUUCUCGUUUUUGAUCUAUUACCUGUACCUAUCUACGCACCUCUGCCUCUUCCCCGACCUCUACCAUGUUAUAUAUUGCACAUUUUCCGUCUUCGAAACUGGAGUUAAGAGUCUUUGGUUUAAAAGCUUCGAUUUUUGAGCUCACCUUGUAAUGCUUCCUACCAUUCUUUUUGAAUAUUUCCCCCCCAAUACCUGCUGCUGGAUUUUACACAGCAUAAUAUCUCUUUAUUUAAUCACUGUCAUAAAUAAACAUAGACAAACUAAUCUUUCUUUUUUCAUUUGAAGCUAUCAGAGAAAUUUCUCCGUUGAUUUAUCGAACUUAGUCUAUCUUAGAAAUCAAAAAGUCAAUACACAAGUUUUGGGGCAUAAUUGCG